UAAGUUGUGAAGAUCGAAUUGUUUUAUUAGAUUUAAGAUAGAUGAGGGAUUAAUUAUGUUCGCUUUGUUGAGUGAUAUCAAGCUGUGGAGUUGCGAUGAUAAUAUUGAUAUCAAGGACACCGAUUUUGGAGCAUUUAGGUACAAUGACAGAAAAACUGAUGGUUUUUAUAAUGAGGGGAAGAGAUCUUACUGUAACAAUCGGGGUAUUAUUCAUACUCCAGUCAAUAAAAAAGGGAAAAAAUUAAAGGAUGGACUGAAAUAUUUGGAGGAACAAUUGAGGGAUCACUCGAUAAUCUACUCCGUGUGGCACGACCAGAAUGCCCUAGAAUUGAUGCUCAACACAGGCUUAUUGAUCUUUAUUCAGAUAAAAAUUCCAACUGGCGACAUUGAUAGAAUCGGUUUCGAUAAGUACCUGGUGGGAAAGGUCCCAGACCAUCUCUCAGACGCUGUCAUCACAAGGGAGAAUUUAGUUUGCACUCAGAACGACAGUCAAGUCACAAUUUUACACUUUACAAAGUCUAAGAGACAGGGUUUCGAGAAGAUUAGCAAGUUGGAGCCUAAACUAGUAAUUGUGGAGCUGUCUGGACCCAGUGGAAGGAGAAUUGAAAAGAAAAUUCGAGUUAAUCGAACUGGCGAUUUAGUCUUAAUCUGGUGGAAAUCGACGAGCAACGAGGUCUACCCAUGGAGUCCAGCGAUGAAGGAACACGACCGAGCAAACGUUCAUCUCUAUCGUCUCAGGGGUGUCAAGUUCGAAUUACUGUGCUAUAUCAAGACUGAAUUCGAUCCCCUGUGCGUUAUAUUCAACUCGAGACAGGAAAAUGUUUUGCAUUCUGUCGAGCAGAAGGUGUCACGAAAGGGGGAAGUUACAAUCGAAUGGCAAACGUAUCAAGUAUCCCAACAAGAUAAACUACAAAGGAUUGAAGUUGUCUCGAUUCCCCUCCCCACCCACACAAGUUGUUCCCGAUUUUCACCAAAUCAGGACAUGCUCCUGCUCUGUUGUAUUGACGGGUCCAUCACCCUCCAUGAUCACACAAAGGGGACUAACGCAAGUGUGAAAGCGGGAUUUAUACCAACAUUGGCGUCUUGGCACAGUGACAGUUUCAUAUUCACAGUGGGAAACGAGAGGGGACAAUGUCAACACUACGACAUUUCCCUCACCUGCAUUAAAACCCAAAUGUUGAAUGAAGAGUCGACGCAAUCGAGCAUACUCGAUCUAACGUCGUACUUCAGGAGUCAGCCUGCACUCCUGCAAAUAUCCUGGUGUAAAAAACUCGAUGAUGAGAUUUAUUACAACGAUCGAUACAAAAAUAGAGACUCCCUUCUUUUUCUGUCGUUUGAGAGGGGUCCUCUGGGUGUCAUGAGAAUCGUGGGAGGCAGUAAUUUAACUGGGGACGUUCUAGUCUUCAAAUACCUCAGCUUAUGUUCACCAGAUCGUGCCACUUCUCUUCUCCUCUCCAUGAACUGGGACAGUCAUCCCAGGAUUUGUAUGCACUCGUUGAAUCAAAUCCUAAAUCAUCUCUUCAAACUUCCUCUGGUGCCGGAACGUGAGAGCCUGAUUCAGGAUGCACUGGGGGGUUUUCACGUUCCAGUGCGUCCAAUAAGCCAAGCUGUUGAGGACGAAUACGGGGACGAGAUCAAGGACCUCACAAGAAGGUUUUUCCACCACUUAAUGCGUUACAAAUUAUUCGAGAAGGCCUUCAGGUUGGCGAUCGACCUGAAUGAUCACGAUUUGUUUAUGGAUAUUCAUUACUAUGCGCUUGUGGUCAAUGAUGUUGAGAUGGCGCGGGCUGCCAAGGAAAAGGCGGAGCUCGUCCUGAGCAGAUCGAAUAGUUGUGCGAGUUCACAUUCCACUUGCUCAAGGCCAUCCUGCUCCCUUUGCUCAGACUCCCCCAGUGACAAUGACAGUGAAUCUUACACGGAAGAGAGUGGCAGUGACUCCCCCCGCAGAAGACCAAGAAAAUUCACAAAAACCCCAAGUCUGUCUCAAAUUCCUCCUCUCCCAAUAAUCACCUCAGGGUCUUUCACUCCAGUGCCCCAGAUCUCUACCUCCUUCAACGACCCUCCCUCACCCAAGAAAUACCUCAACAUUCUCUCGAAACCCUUCGAUUACAAAUUCCGAGAAAUCAAUCCCACAACCGUCACUCCGAACAAAAACACUUUCUCGAGGAUGUCGACUUCCUUUGCUCCUCAGAGCAAAAAUCAUUUUCCCAAGAUGUCCACAUCCUUUGGGAAUCUGAAAAUCAGUGAGCUUCAGUGCCUCAGAGAGCCCACAUUUCGGAGAGCAUUCUCUAACGAUCGGUUCUUGACAUCUGAGUCUCAGGAGACUGAUAAGACUGGGGCGAAAAUGGAGGAGGUCAGGUCUGUGGAUAUUCCCAAUUCUAUUGAGUACUCCUUCAUGAGCAUUGACACCAACCUCACGAGUACAUCCUUCAUUUCUGAGGAUAAUUGCUCCUCAAGCAUUCCCCACCCUACCAUAACUGAAGAGGAAGAAUCAAAAAGUCCGCAGAAAUCUCAAGAGUCAGUGCACCUCUUCAACUCUGAAAACCUCGUAUCAACCUCCUUCAACGACGAAGACCCAGAGGAGGGGACCCCUGAGGACGAUGAUCACUCCGAGAAGGACACAAGUACCACAAGUAUUGAGGUGCCCCCACCUCCAGAGAUGACCUCAUCCCUCGCGAAUUACCUCAGCAGCCUCCCCAUGAAAAACCUCCCCAUCUCCAGGAGCACCCCUGGCCUCUCGGACAUCAACGAACUCAUGAGGUUCUCAACGAGGAGCACUCGAGGAGUGCAGACCCAGUCGUCAGUCUCUGCGAUUCUUCAGAACAGGGGAAGAAACAAUUUUGGGGGAAGUGGAACCUACAGAUUUAAUUACGACCUCGGGGAUGAGGCCAUGUUUACCGGGAGUUGCGAGGACCUCCGGAGGACUGAGGGCCAGAUCUUCGGGGGGUAUCUCAAAGAGAGGGCUAGAGGGGAGAAAAUUGAGAGGAGAACGAGAGCUGAUGGCAACUCCAAUGUCCCACCCCUUCCUGUGGUGGGGGCCAGGGGGCUGGAGGGCUUCGGGGAGAGGCCAAAGGUCAAAUUUUCCAACACUGUGACACAUAUCCUAGUGCCCGGCAGUGGACAGGGUUAUAGACCCCUGCAGCGUCCAGUGACUAAACUCCAUCCCAUGGACCCCAAGAGAGAGUUAGCAGAGAGUCUUCCCCUCUGUCUGGGAAACGAAGACUACCUGAAGGAUUUCCAGCCCCUCUCAAAAGACCCUGGGGGUGAGGAGAAACCGAAAGAACCCGUGAAGACCGAGGAAACAGCGAAAAUCAAAGUCGUUCACUUCGGACUUUUGUAAACCCUCAAUUACCGAAUUAUGGUCAAUGAUUUAUCAUUAUCGAAUUCCGUCCA